AUGGCAACUAAAAUUUCCAUAGAAUUAUUGAUUAUGAUUUUAAAUAAUGUUCAAUCAACUCAAGAUUUAUAUUCAACAUUAUUAGUUAAUCGAUUAUGGUGUAAAGUAACUAUACCUAUACUUUGGGAAUUACCCUUUGGUCAAGAUUGUAAGGAUAAUUUGAAUUUGAGGAAGAAAGCAUUAUGUAUUCGAACUUAUAUAUCUCCACAACAAAUUAAUUUUCCUUAUCAUGAUGAUAAUAAUUCGAGAGUAUUAUUUCGUGAGAUAUGUACAUUAAUAGUAAAUCGUAGUUCAUCUCUGGAUUAUUUUAAAUUGGCCAGAGUUCCCGUACAUUAUUCUCGAAUAUUUAAUAAUUAUGUUGAUUUAAUUGGUUCAAUUCUCAAUUUACCUGGCGCUCCGAAAGUAUUUAAGAAAUUAGAAAUUUUUGCUUCAAUGAUAAGAGAUGAUGAUGAUCAACGGAUUAAUCCAUUAUAUGAAUCAUUAGCAAUAAUUUGUAAUAAUAUUUUAAAUAUGGAUUUGAAAAUUAAUUCGUAUUCAUAUUCUCGAUUGCAAUUGAUAGCAAAACUUAUUAGUGCUCAAAAACGGUUAGAAAAUCUAUCAAUUGUUGAUAAUUGUUCUCUAGGUCAUGAUGAGUAUGGUUCAAUAUUAUGGGCUAUCAUUAGUCAAAAAGAAACAUUAAAGAGUCUUCGUUUAAAAGAUAUGGCCUUUUAUUAUUUCAAGAGAAAAUCAUCGCCAAUUGGACAAUUUUCUUCGCUUCAAGAGCUUUAUAUUGAAGAUUGUUGUGGACUAGAUGAACCAGAUAGUUUAUUCUUUGCUUCAUCAUUUACUCAAUUAAAUAUUUUUCAUUUGAGGCUUAACUUUAAAAUGUGUUCUCAAGAAUUUAUUAUAAAAAUUCUCGAAACGGCCAAUACAAAUUUAAGAAAUAUUUGUCUAGACUUAGAUUCCACAAUUCCAUUUGAUACAUUUUCAACAAUUUUAAAUUAUUGUACAAAGAUUAACGAAUUGGCUUUACCUAAUUUAAGUCUUGAGCAAGUAAUAGCAAUAUUUAAUAAUAAUUUUAAUGAAUUAAGAAGAUUUUCAUUUAAUUAUAGAGAAGGAUUUGAUGCUAAUAAAUUAUUAUGUCAAAUGGCCAAAAAUGUACCAGAAUCACUUGAAACUAUUGAAAUUAAAAUAGACAUAUUUAGUGCUUAUAGUUUAAGAAAAUUUUUUGAAGGGUGGUGUUGUAAAGGAGGAGGAGGAAAUAAAAAGAUUAUUGUUAAACGAAAAAAACAAGCGCGACCAUUAAGUGGUGAACAUUUUAAAGUUAUUGAAGAAUAUGGAGUUCAAUUUGAUAUAGAAGAAUAUUCGAAAUAA